AUGCCAGGAUUGUGGAUGAGUGGAGCUGCGAUCCGUGUUCGUGUCCGUUCGCCAUCUGUGAUGUAUAAGAAGAGCGCAAGUUUUAUCGAGAGUCAAGAGAAAUCCGAUGCUUCUAGUGAAGUCAAUGAAUUGAAUUUCAAUAAUUAUUUCUCGAAUUCCGAAUUUGAAUGUGGAAAUAGAGUGAUGGUUGUGGUCGAUUCGAGCCUGGAAGCUAUAAAUGCUCUAGAAUGGGCACUCUUGCAUACUGUUCAAGCAAAGGAUACAAUUAUUCUCUUGCAUGUUACCAAAAAAGAUGAAAAUUAUGAUGGAGAUGUUAAUCAAAAGGCAUAUGAACUUCUUCAUUCUAUGAAAAAUAUAUGUGAAUUAAGAAGACCUGAGGUGGACGUGGAGAUGGCAAUUCGAGAAGGCAAGGAAAAGGGAGAAAUAAUAGUCGAAGAAGCUAAGCAUAGACGGGUUUCUCUACUGGUUUUGGGACAGCGAAAACGAUCAAUAAUUUGGAGAUUACAGAGAUUUUGGUCGAUAAAGAAAAAUAAGGUCGAGGAUUACUGCAUUCAAAAUGCUAAUUGCAUGACAAUUGCAGUGAGAAGGAAGAACAAGAAAUAUGGAGGAUAUUUGAUUACUACUAGAAGUCACAAGAAUUUCUGGCUUUUGGCUUAA